CUCCUUCCAUCCCGCACUGCUCCUCCCAAGCCGUGAAUGCUGCUGCUACAUUUGCCUCCCACUACUUCUCUUCCUCUUCUUCUUCUUCCUCCUCAUCCUCCACAAUAUCAUCACCAUCAUAUACCUACUUCCUUCAGGCUUCUCAACACGUAUUGGCUUGAUCUUCCCGGAGACUGAUAUCAGUCGGUGUUUCUCUGAUAGGAAUUCAGCCCAAUACUCAUCAUCCAACGAGUCUCGAUUUCUUCUUCACUCUUCUACUUCUCUAUCUUCUCGUGACGAGUCAGCUGCUAGCAAUACGUCUCUACGAAUAUCAUUCUAUUCCUGUAUGGUCGUGGUUGCUGCCGGAUCAUAUAUGAACAUCAGCUUGACGACAAUUCUUUGUGCAUCAAGAUAGUCGAUAUCACUCUACAUCACCUGAUCACGCCAAACAUGGCCCCUCACAAGCGUGGACCCUGGUCUCAACAGGAGGAUGCCUAUCUACUUCAACUUGUUCACUCUCAAGGAGCUCACAAUUGGGUCCGGAUCUCUCACCUCAUCGGCUCCAGAUCACCUAAGCAAUGCCGGGAGCGCUAUCACCAGAAUCUGAAGCCAACCUUGAACCACAACCCCAUUACUCCAGAGGAAGGCAUCGUUAUUGAAAGGCUCGUUGGCGAGAUGGGAAAGCGUUGGGCUGAGAUCGCCCGGCGCCUCUGUGGCCGCAGCGACAAUGCUGUAAAGAAUUGGUGGAAUGGAGGCAUGAACCGUCGACGCCGACUCUACAUUCGACGCGGAGACAGCAGACGGGUCGCCGAGGACUUUGACGAGAAGACUGAGCAACUAUCAUUUGCCAAGCCAGUUGCCUCGCUUGGUCCUCGUCCCACAUCGUUGAACAUUAUGCCUUCUCGAAGGCACAUUGAAACUCCUCUGCCCUCUCCCUCCGCUCUCUCCAUUGUCUCUAGAGCAGAUUCCUCCGAGGGUGCUCCCUCGCUGGUCUCGGACUCGGGAUCGGUCUUUUCCUUUUCUCCUCGCAUGCCUGGCUCUCCAUCUGUCGAACUGCCACCGCUGGUCGGUGCUCGAACGACGACGACGAUUACCACUGCAACGGAGGGCCGGCGACCAUCGCUUCCUAUUCUCCACCUGGGCACAAACUCCUAUGUAUCUGAACAUGAGCACCAGCUGCCUUCGCUCACACGCUUUGACACGGAGCGCAAGGCCCCUCUGACUCCUCAGCCGGCCACUCUGCCACGGCCUGGCUUCGCCACCGAGCCUACUCUGCUCGACUAUCAUUACAUGCGACACCAGCCUACAUCACUGGCCAUGUCUUCGCACGUGCAGCUACCAUCCUUUCAGAAGCUGACGGGCACCCCCGUUGAGCAGGGCUCUCCCAGCCGAGAUACCCGGAUGAAUCUCUCCACCUUACUGGCAUGAAAGUUUUUUAUAUCGUUUUGCGCCUUGCACAUGUAUCGUCUGACAUAUCUUCCUAUUCUCAUACCAUAUUUUCUUUUCUCUUUUUUUUCUUUCUUUCGUCCAAUAUCGACA